GCCACACACUAGGAGAAAAUUGAGCAAAGAAGAAGAGGGUCGGAGUGGGGAGGAGAUUGCUUGUUCAAAGUUUGAGAGUUUGUUUAGGAGUGACAUGACCAUUUUUGGGAGAGAAACAUAGAUAUUCAUAUCCGGUUAGUUGUCAAUUAACCAUUAACUGACUCUCUAUACACCUUCAAUACCAACAUCAAGAGAUGGAUGCAGAGUAUGCAACCUACAUGCUAAGGAGUCAAUAUGGAGAGACCAUGGAUCUCGAAGGGCUUAAGGAGUGUGCAAAAUUCGUGGACCAUGGAGAAGAGGAAUAUCAUCUCAAUGCCAACACAUUAGACGUGAGAGUAGGUGAAGAAAUAGGGGAGCAUGGAGAGGAGGAUCAACACGAGGCCAAUAGAGAAGAAGAUGAGUUUAUAGCUCAAUCUUUGGGAGAAGAAGGCAAGAGACACUGUCAAGAAUAUGCAAUGGACAAAGAAAGCUAUUCAAAACUUGAUCAAAGCUUCUUCCAAGCCAUAAAAACUAUGACCAAGCAUCUUGAACCUAUCCCAGAAGAGAAGGACGAUCAACCUAUCAAAGAACCUAAAGAAGAAGAUCAUAAGGAGACCAACGAAAUUAUUGAUGAAGAUGAUGAUCUUACAACUUCUAAAGAAGAAGAGGAUGAGAUACCGCCCCUAGAGGUAGCAUUGAAUUGAAGCUAGGAUGCAGUCUUGAAGUCUACACUCUAAUCCGAGAAUUAUGGAAUUUGGGGGAAGAUGUCAAAGACUACAUCCCAAACCUACGCUUUCUUUAAUAUAUAUCCACAUGCAAAUCAAUUACCAAGGCACACUCAAACAUUGAAAACAUCCUAGAGGCAUAGACAAAGUGUGAUGAUCCCCCUGCAUCGCUUAUUCGAAGUUCAACAAAACCUUUGGAACCAAGCAUUGAAUGACGAAGUUACACCUAAUGAUGAUAAACCUCACGUGGAUAAGGAAGGUGAAAGGCCACUAGAGGAGCAACCAUCUCAACCUCUCCAACCAAAGGAGGAGCUUCAAGAGGAGAAACCUAUAAGAAAUAUGACCAGACCAA